UCAUAGUAUGACAAGGCAUCGGCUGUUAUUAUAUGCUUAUUUAUUGGGCUGUUUUACAAGAAAGUGUUGUCAUCAAGUAAUACUACAGGUAUCUUUUAUAUGUAACUGUCAUCAUAUACUCUCCGUAAAUAUCCGACGCCACUAGUGCCUGAAGUGGAUCAGCAUGCAUUCACGGACGAGAUUACAGUGAAGCAACCUCUAUGGAAAGUCGGACCAGUGUUGUUUAGCUUUCGGUUUUUACUGUGUGCACAAAGAUGCCCAUGUAGUGGCCAUACCGAUACAUGUUGGCACCUUUUUAGAUAAGAAAUGACACGGCCGUUUGUGUAUAUAUAUUAUAUUCACAUACUGGUGGAUGCUGUUUAUUUGCUGUUGCGUAAGAUUGAAAAGUUGUCUGCUGCUUCGUUUGUGAUAAAAUUGUGUACUAAACAAUGUGAAUCAAUCUAUGUGAAUGCAUUGUAUUCUAUUAUCAUCUUUCGAUGCAUGAUGCGUUUGAUGCUUCAAAAGAACAGUUAGAUACGUACACAAGCGCAAAGCAUACGAUAAAACGUUUAAUGGAGAACACAUGAUGUCAUCUCCUGAUGUUGUACAGCAGCAGAAGGGUGUUUCAGUUGUUUUAUCACAAUAAUGUAUAUCAAGAACUCGGAUAAUUGUAUAGUAGUUUGACAACAGCUCAUCGGCCCAAGUCGGUAAUGGUUGUAGUGCCAAAAUGCCACGAGUGUCAUGAAUUAAUUCCUUGUAUAAACGAGGACCGAUUAAACUUGAAAGGCAGCAACAUAAUCUGGAAAGCGAUUCGUCGUCCGUGAUUGGGCCUAAAUGUUCUUGGCAAGCGAGAUUUUAUUUUUUGACCCGAUUGCUGAUUAAUAAUAAAAAGAGUUAGAAUGGGGGAGGAAAGAGCCACAGGGAAGCUGCAAGAAAUAAUUUCCCAUUAUAGAGCGUGGUAAAGUCUGAAUGCGUGGGGUGUGAUGUGGAUUUUUAGGAAUGAAUUUUGACUUGGCGUAGCACAAGAAAUGGAC